AUGGCCUCCCAGGAACCCCGUUAUGUGGCAGUUGCCCAGCGCAAGCAAGCUGAGCUUGCUGCAGCUAUCCCUGCCGAAUGGCAACUACCCGCACAUGUUAUCCCUGGCGGGAUGCUAUCAAUUUCCGACUCGAUCACCGUUGGCCCAAAACAUUACCAACGAGUCGGAGUAAUGGAUAUUCCACGAACAUGUGGUAUACUUACACCCAAGGAAUUGGAUAUAACAGAGAAAUACGAUGUGCGCGGCCUGGUAGCGGAAAUGACAGAGGGUCGAUUGAAGGCCCAGGAUGUGGUGCGAGGGUUUUGCAAGAGAGCAGCCAUAGCUCAUCAAGUCACCCGCUGUCUAACCGAACCCCUUUUCGACCGCGCCUUGCAACGAGCCCAGGAGCUAGACGAUCACUUCCAACGCACGGGCGUCCCGUUCGGCCCCUUGCAUGGGCUCCCAGUGUCAGUGAAGGAUACAUUCAAUAUAAAAGGCGUGGACUCGAGCAUUGGAUUGUCUGCUCUGGCAUUCAAACCUGCAGAAUCAAAUGCCCCGUUAGUAGACCUAUUGCAGUCUCUUGGUGCAGUAGUGAUCGCCAAGACAAACAUACCCCAAACACUCGGAACCUUGGACAGCUGCAACCACCUUUUCGGCCGCACGCUGAACCCCCUCAACCGGCAAUGGACUGCAGGUGGCAGUACCGGCGGCGAGGGGGCCUUGAUCGCCAUGCGCGGGUCCAUGGUCGGCUUUGGCACGGAUAUCGGUGGUAGCAUCCGUAUCCCAGCUAUGUGCCAGGGUAUCUACGGUUUCAAGCCGAGUACUGGACGCGUGCCAUAUGGAGGCCAACAGAGCGGUCAGAUUGAAGGUAAGGGCCGGAUGGGGUUGCAAGCAGUAGCCGGUCCAUUAGCUCGAUCUGUUGCGGAUAUAAAUGCCGUCAUGGCGGAGAUCGUGCCUCGUGCCGAGCUGUUCGGGGCAGAUUGCAUUCCGGGCUCCUGGCCGUCACAGUCGGUACCGGUUGCUCUGACUCCGCGAAACUUCACUAUUGGUAUUCUCAAGACCGAUGGCCUCGUCACGCCUCUGCCCCCGAUUACCCGCAUUUUGAACGAGGUAGCCAACAAGCUCCGCCGUACCCCCGGUGUCGAGGUCAUUGAUAUUCCCGUUCCCUCAGCCCUAUCUAAAUGCCAAGCCCUCGCUGGUCGACUGAUGGGCAUCGAUGACGGGUCCCAUAUGCUCGAUCUCAUCGAGAGCAUGGGCGAGGAGCUUAUUCCUUGGCUACAGGGCCGUAUGAAGCGCGGCAAGGCUUUGACUGUAGUUCAACUGGCAAAUCUGCAGGCUCAGCGUGCCGAAAUUGAGGAGGAGAUGAUGAAGAUGUGGACAUUGACUUCACAGGCUUCCUCUGUCACCCGACGCAUUGACGCCAUAAUUUGCCCUGUAGCGCCUCAUCCGGUCCCAGAACUCGACCGUUACAAUGCCGUUGGGUACACCUCGAGCUUUGUGCUGCUAGACUACCCGGCUAGCUCGGUUCCUGUCCGCUCAUUCACAGAAUCUGAUCUUGAGAUUGGUCGGGAGAUGGAUACACCUGUGUUGGGAAGUUGGGAUAAGGCUAAUCGGCAGCUGUGGGACGAGAAGACAGUUGACCGUCGGGUGUACCUCGGGUCACCUCUCAGUGUGCAGGUUGUCACUCCUAAACAGCACGAUUAUCAGCUAUUCCAGGCCAUGGAAAUUGUUGAUCGGGCUGUGCAUGGCCGGGGCUCAACUGCGAAGCUGUAG